ACGUAAUUAAUGCGGAAGCGGAUGCGCUUGAAUCCUGCACACCAACGAGCCGACAGCGUGCAGCAUCACGUCUAUCGGUAUUUGUAGCAAACAGUGAAAACAGUUGUGAUCUUGCGUGUGUGAGACACCGAGGCCCACUUAUUGUGUUAUCAUGGAGCUGUUGACAGAUGCACUGUACUGGAUCGGUGCUGUCACUGUGGCCUGGGUGUCGGUGAGCACUCUGUGCUGUCUGCUCAACGGGACUCGCGUGUGGAUUGUGGGCAAUGGAAAUUUGAUGAGGGCGACCAAACUCGGGAAAUGGGCAGUUGUGACUGGGGCCACCGAUGGAAUUGGAAAAUCCUAUGCGGAGGAGCUUGCUCGACGAGGUUUUGCUAUCGUUCUCAUCAGCCGUACUCAAGAGAAGCUGGAUGAAGUGUCCAAAGCUAUUGAGAGCAAGUAUAAUGUAGAGACCAAAACCAUUUCUGCUGACUUUGGAUCUGUGGACAUCUACCCGAAGAUUGAGUCUGGACUGGCCGGACUGGAAAUAGGAGUUUUAGUUAACAAUGUUGGAGUGUCUUAUUCCUACCCAGAGUUCUUCCUCAACAUUCCUAAUAUUGACAGUUUCAUCAGCAAUAUGAUCAACAUCAACAUUACAUCAGUUUGUCAGAUGACUCGAUUGGUACUGCCCAGGAUGGUAGAUAGGUCUAAAGGAGUGAUCUUGAAUGUUGCUUCAGCGAGUGGCAUGUACCCAGUUCCUCUCCUCACCCUCUAUUCUUCCUCGAAGGCCUUUGUGGACUUCUUCUCCCGUGGUCUUGCUGCUGAAUACAAAAGCAAAGGGAUUAUUAUACAGAGUGUGCUGCCGUUUUAUGUGACGACCAAACUGAGCAAAAUCAGGAGGGCCACUCUUGACAUCCCCUCUCCGGAACGCUAUGUUAAAGCCCAGCUGUGCACUGUAGGGCUGCAGACUCAGUCGAAUGGUUACUUCCCUCAUGCCGUCAUGGGUUGGGUGACUACUGCUCUGCUUCCUGCAAAACUGCUCAACAAAUAUGUUAUGAGCAUGGGGUUGUCCCAACGUGCACGCUAUCUGAAGAAACAGAAGCAAGGUUAGAAACAGAAAAGGGACAGACAGAGGGAUGAAGGGAUGGUGUGAUUAAAGGAAAGGAGGGACCAAC